CGCGCCCGGCGGCGGAGGGCGGGGAGGGCGCGUUGUAGCCGGGGACACGCACACGGACACGCACACGGACACGCACACGGACACGCACACGCAGGGCGGCCCCGCAGCGCGGCUCUGCGGCCGAGCCCCGCCAACAAAGACCCCUCUCCGCCGCCCCCUCCGCCGGCCGCGCCGCCGCCCCCCGCGGGAUGUAGCCGGGCCGGGAGCCCCGCCGAGGCAGCGGCCCCGCCGCUCCGAGCCCCGCAGCGAGGCCGGGAGGCGGCGGGCUCAGAGGCGCUGCCGCCACCAUGGGCAAAUCCAACAGCAAGUUGAAGCCUGAAGUUGUGGAGGAGCUGACCAGGAAAACGUACUUCACAGAGAAGGAGGUGCAGCAGUGGUAUAAGGGCUUUAUCAAGGACUGUCCCAGUGGGCAGCUCGAUGCCGCUGGCUUCCAGAAGAUCUACAAGCAGUUCUUCCCCUUUGGCGACCCGACCAAAUUCGCCACCUUUGUUUUCAAUGUCUUUGAUGAGAACAAAGACGGGAGAAUCGAGUUUUCGGAGUUCAUCCAGGCGCUGUCAGUCACCUCCCGGGGGACGCUGGAUGAGAAGCUGAGGUGGGCGUUCAAGCUGUACGACUUGGACAACGACGGGUACAUCACGAGGAACGAGAUGCUGGACAUUGUGGAUGCCAUUUAUCAGAUGGUGGGAAACACAGUGGAGCUUCCUGAGGAGGAGAACACACCGGAGAAGAGGGUGGAUCGGAUUUUUGCCAUGAUGGACAAGAAUGCAGAUGGGAAGCUGACGCUGCAGGAAUUUCAGGAGGGCUCCAAGGCCGACCCCUCCAUCGUGCAGGCGCUCUCCCUCUAUGACGGGCUCGUAUAGUCCCGGGGCCAAGCGGCGAUGCCUGGGGGAAGACGCUCUCCGUGCCAUCCGACCGACCACCGCCGCGCGAAGCUUGCCUGUCCCUCUCGGCCUUCCUUUCUGUUCCGCGAGCAAAGGAUGCCCUCGCAGCGCGAGCUCACUCCCCCUCUCUGCACUCUGAACCAGCCGCUGCCAUUCGCCAACUUCUGCUUUUUCCAAAAAAAAAAAAACCCCGCGCCAGACCCCGGUCUGAGCGGCAGCGAACGCCCAAGACUUCAGGGCCGGGGGAACGGGUCGAGCGUCGCCGAAGGCAGAGCUCCCCCCCCGGCCUCCUCGCUCCCCUUUUGCUCCCCUUUUCCUACGUUUUUGGACGGGACUGCGGAUGUGCCGGCGCGGUCCUCUCCUGGGAACCAGCCGGCUGGAGACGGAGCCCAAAGGUACCGGGGGGCUGCACACCCCGGGGUGCUGCCUGUGCGGGGCAGCCGGGGAGCCGAGGCACCGACAGCGAUGGGGAACAGAGUCCUGGCGUCACCCACGAUGCCGCUGGCAGCCCGGCCCGGCUCACUAGGAAUAUAUAUUAUAUUAUUAUUAUUUUUUUUAUUUUUUUUUUGGUGAGACAGUAUUGUGCUUUUUUGGUUUGGUUCUUUUUUUUUUUUUUUUCCCCCUUUGGUGGGAAAAAAAGUGAGGCUUUUUUUUUUAUAUGCCUGUCUCGGCGAUCGAUAUCCUUAUUUAUUUGUUGUAAAUGUUGCUGCUGUGUUUCGUCUCUCCUGUGUGUGUGUGUGUGUAUGUGUGUCUCCACCCACCCAGGUGAGGAUUUGUAAGGUUUACAUGCUCAUACACUAUUGCGGGGACCCGGGAGCCUGCAAUAACAAUGAAGCCAAAAAUCUGCCUUCCCCCUUCUCCUCCCACCUCCCCCCCCAAUAUCCCAAGCUCCGUGGGCUGGCUGCUCUUUGGAGGGGAUGCUGUAGCUUCUUUUCCUCUUCCUGUUCCCUGUUGCCUGCAUUUUUCUGUUCACCCUUCCCUUUGGGAGCUCAGUGAGGACUUGCUCAGCCCAGCAGACUGAGCUGCUCCAUCCCUCAGGCAGGCAGGGCGAGGAAACCACUGGGCACCAGAGCGUCCCUAUUUCCUUCCUUUAUUUCCAUUUUCUCGCUGCAUGAAAAAGUAUUAAUGGAGCCCAGAGCUGGGUUUUGCAUUCAAAGAGGUUCCUUUGCUAUUUUCUGCUUUGCAAACGGUGGGAAGGUCUGUUUGGUGAUGGCUGUGAAUCAGCCCAUGUGCCAGUGGGGCUGAUGGAGCAGAGGGGGUGCAUUGCUCCGACUUGCUCCUUCCCUCCAUCCCAGCUGGAGCCAUGUCACAGAGGGAUAGGAAUAUGCACCCGGAUGUGGGACACACAAAUGUGGGGCUGCAGCGCCCUGGCCAUGAGAGGUGCUUGUAUGGCCUCUCUGUCACCCACCACCACUCCAGGAUGUGCCCUCGACUCAGCCCCACUGGCACACACACUGUGGGACACAGUUGGCAUCUCUGCUGGAGAAUGAGCAUUGAGUGAGUGCUGCCACAGCUCAGUUUCCACCCACCUUGGCCCCUGCCCCAGGGAAGGAGAGAUGUGCAUCCCCUUGGGAGCAAAGUGCAAGAUGCCUGUGGGACCCCUAAAGCCAACCCUGAGGGGCUCACCCUUCCACCCCUGGUCCAGCUGAUGGUGGCAGCAUCUUUCUGCCCAGCCGUAUCCCAGAAUGUCUGCAGCUCCUGUGGCCAAGCCUAGCUGGGGGAGUGUCCCCAUGGCAGUGGGAGGUGACAGCUGGAUGUGGAGGACAGCCUCACAGGUGUCUCAUGAUGCAGCAGAAAAGGCAGUGCCUUGGUGUUCCCUGAAUCCUCCUGGCACGGCAAAGACAGACGCCCCAGCCAAGGGAUGCUGGUCCCUUGCUGUGCAGCCCUGCUCCCGAGUUCCAGGGCCAUGUGCUUAUGGUACUUUCUGAUGCCCAUAAAAAAACCACCUUUCCCCAUCCCCAAGGAGACCAACCUCAAAUCCACGUGCAAUAUUUCUGCCUCUUCUGCAGUUCCUGCCCCGAGGGUGCCCAUGUUUUAUAGUGUGGGAGUCAUGGAGGGUGUCACUUUGCUGCCUCCCAAGGAAACUCCUUUUCCUUGAUGCUUUGUGGCCAAAAUGCAACUCUCUGGGGUAGACCUUUGCAGUGCCUCCAACUUGUUGAAUGCUCAUCUGCCUGACGGGUCCCUUCCCGGUGCCAGUGGAUGUUCCCAAUGAAUGUGACACUGCUGUAAUCGCCUCCACUGACAAAUGAGGGACCCUGUGACGUUUGACACAGCUCCCGGGCAAAGCCAAACCUCAUUUGCUUUGACAUUUACCCUGAAAAGCUUUCAACUUUCAGAGGACCUGUCAUGAGUUGAGCUCCAUCAGUGCUCCCCGGGGAGUCAGCCCUGCCAGGGUGCUCGUCAUGCUGAGUGUCCCUGAGCAAAGUCUUUUGGCUCCAGAAUCCGCCCCCUGCUGCUGUGGAUUUGGGACCCUGGCUUGGUUGCUUCCAGUCUCCCUUUGGCGAGCACCGAGGGCCCCCAACUCCUCCUGAACACCACCAGAAUCUGCAGCAUCCCAGUACUGCUGAAAAUAAGGCUUGGAGCAUCUUGUGCUUGGGAAUGUUGGCCUUAAGCUUCUCGUGCCUCAGUUUCCCCAUCAGUGAAAUGGCCGGGGUGAGCCAUCCCCCUCUGGAAAGUGGUUCAACGCCUGUGCCCUGGCAAGCAUGAGUGCUGGAUAUAGCUCAUGGCUGCGGCCAUGAGGGCUUGGCAGGACCCACCAAACAUCAGGCACGUGUGGAACACCGGGAGCGGUGCACGAACCGCCGGGGUGGAGCUCACAUCAACGAAUAAUUAAGUCCAGUCUCUGUUUUGCACCUGCCCAUGACGAAAAGCAAACGACCGACAAGCCCUGGUUUGUUUCUGUUCCUGCUCCGGUUCCUGGUGUCUCCAAAACAGAGCCCUGGCGAUGGGAAGGGGACCCGAAGCACGGCCAGGCAGAGGCGCAGGUCCCGCCCCGGUGACUGCAGCGUGUCCCCCCCUUCUCAUUUGUCCCUGUCGGUGUUGCCCCAUGAAAUGCCAUGUCUGUACUUUCUUUUCAUUUUUCUGUCCAUGUGCUGACUGUUGCUGCUUUGUACCCGUCUUUCCUUGAGCUCUGGGGCUGGGCUGGGCUGAGCUGUUUCCCCCAGGAGCAAGGAUGUGGGAGAAGGCUCUGGGGGCAGAUUCCCCCCUCCCUCUCCUCACAAACCAGGACCCAAGAGAGAGAGAAGCAAAGGGUUUUUCCUCUGGAGCAGCCUGUUAAUUAAUGUUAUUUAUAACGAGAUCUUGCAGCCCCCAGGAGCGCUCUCCCCUGGGUUGGUGAAAUGGGGUGUUUGAUUAUGGGGAACCCCAGACCCUGUUUGUGCCAGGUACCAGUUGCAUCUCACCCACGUGUGCAGAAGCAGGUGCCUGUUGGUGCUCCCUGUGCCAUCAGGACACUGCAUCCUCGUGGGAUGGGGGGGCUGAGGCCGUGGGACCCCCAUCUCAGAGCCACUGCUCCUCAGUGGGCAGGGAUGCAGAUGACCAGCUGCCCGGGGGGGGAAAGUUCUUGGGGUCUGGGGACUGGCUUCAAAGCAGGGCCAGGCAUGGCAUGGGGGCAGCUGAAAUCGCUGGCAGAGCUGCCCUCUUCCCACAUACUUAGGGUCAGGGGGGAUUUGGACGGGAUGGGAGGGUGACCCACAGCCAGCUUGCUGUCCCCUAUCAUCUCCAAGGAGGAGAUUUGGGGCAUUUAGUGAGGGCAUCAGCCACCCCUCCUUCCCGAGGGCAUUGGAGGGGAGGGAUCUGGCUGGGGCAGGAAUGGGAGCUAGGGACAAAGGAGGGAGCUGAUGGCCCUGGUCUCAGUGCACAGUUUGGGGUUCAGCAGUUUUGGGGUCUCAGUUGCCAGCCCUGCAGGAAAGCCAUCCUUCCCUUCUCUCUCUGCUCCUGUGGCCACCUCUGGGCUGGGUGCUGUGUCCUGUGGGUGGGACCCCAGCCCCACCAGUGGGACCCCUGCCUGGGGGGUGGCUGAGCCCUGGGCUGAGAAGCAGCAGCUCCAGCAAAGAGCCUUGUUUGUGAAGAUGAAGCCUGUGUGUGCGUCCGUGCCGGUGUCUCGGCUUGCAUGCCCCGCUGCCUUGUCUUGAGAUGAAUUCAAGAGCAAACCAAGCAAAAGAAACAGUUUAAAAACAAAAAGAAAACAAAACGAAACCCAGGAACUUUGUGACAGUGGAAAUAAAAGCUUAAUGACAGUAAGAAAA